CUCUCUCUCCCUCCCUCCCUGCCCAGCGCCGGCUCUUCCCCUGUUGCUGUGAGGCGAGCGAGUGGGUGGGCGCCAUGGCCGCCUCGAAGCCCGUGGAGGCGCCCACGGGGGGCGGCGGCGGGGGCUCAGGGACGGGCCUCUCGCGGUGGCAGCUGGCCCUGGCGGUGGGGGCGCCGCUGCUGCUGGGUGCGGGGGCCUGGUACUGGUGGGGGCGGCGGAGGAGGGCGGCGCGGGGCAAGGGCGCCAGCGAGAGGAAGACCCCCGAAGGCCGCGCCAGCCCCGCCCCCGCAGACGCCUCGGCCACAGGGCACCCCAAUGGCCCCGGCGGGGACGAGAUGAGCCCUCUUGAUAGAGCCCAAGCAGCAAAGAACAAAGGCAACAAGUACUUUAAAGCUGGGAAGUAUGAGCAGGCUAUUCAGUGCUAUACCGAAGCAAUUGGCUUGUGUCCCCCUGAGAAAAAUUCUGACCUUUCUACCUUUUACCAGAACAGAGCUGCCGCAUAUGAACAACUGCAAAAAUGGAAAGAGGUGGCCCAAGACUGCACAAAGGCAGUUGAGCUUAAUCCCAGAUAUGUGAAAGCACUCUACAGGCGGGCAAAAGCACAUGAGAAACUUGACAAUAAGAAAGAGUGUUUAGAAGAUGUCACUGCAGUUUGUAUUUUAGAAGGCUUUCAAAAUCAGCAAAGUAUGCUACUAGCAGACAAAGUUCUUAAACUUCUUGGAAAAGAAAAAGCCAAAGAAAAAUACAAGAACCGGGAACCCUUGAUGCCUUCACCACAGUUUAUCAAAUCCUACUUCAGCUCUUUCACAGAUGACAUUAUUUCCCAACCGCUUCUUAAGGGAGAGAAAUCAGACGAGGAUAAGGAUAAAGAAGGAGAGGCUUCUGUAGUAAAAGAAAACUGUGGUUAUUUAAAAGCAAAGAAAUAUAUGGAUGAAGAAAAUUAUGACAAAAUAAUUAGUGAGUGCACUAAAGAAAUUGAAGCAAAAGGAAAAUAUAUGGCAGAAGCCUUGCUGUUACGAGCCACAUUCUAUCUACUCAUUGGAAAUGCAAAUGCUGCCAAACCUGAUCUGAACCAGGUUAUUGGUAUGGAAGAUGCCAAUGUAAAGCUGCGUGCUAAUGCCCUAAUCAAGCGAGGAAGUAUGUAUAUGCAACAACAGCAGCCUAUGCUCUCUACUCAAGAUUUUAAUAUGGCUGCUGAUAUUGAUCCUCAGAAUGCAGAUGUUUACCAUCACAGAGGGCAGCUAAAAAUUCUGCUUGAUCAAGUUGAAGAAGCUGUAGAAGACUUUGAUGAAUGUAUUCGUUUGCGACCAGAUUCUGCCUUGGCCCAAGCACAAAAAUGUUUUGCAUUGUACCGACAAGCCUACACUGGAAGUAAUUCUUUACAAGUACAAGCAGCAAUGAAAGGCUUUGAGGAUGUUAUUAAAAAAUUUCCAAGGUGUGCUGAAGGCUAUGCACUGUAUGCCCAGGCUUUAACAGAUCAACAGCAGUUUGGCAAAGCUGAUGAAAUGUAUGAUAAAUGUAUUGAUCUUGAGCCAGAUAAUGCUACUACAUAUGUUCAUAAAGGUUUACUUCAACUUCAAUGGAAGCAGGAUUUAGAUAAAGGUUUGGAACUUAUAAGCAAAGCCAUUGAAAUUGAUAACAAAUGUGACUUUGCAUAUGAAACCAUGGGGACAAUCGAAGUGCAAAGAGGCAAUCUGGAUAAAGCCAUUGAAAUGUUCAACAAAGCGAUUAACCUAGCCAAAUCUGAGACGGAAAUGGCUCACCUCUACUCACUCUGUGAUGCUGCCUAUGCCCAGACAGAAGUAGCAAAGAAAUAUGGAUUGAAACCACCAACAUUAUAGAAAAACAGUAGGAUGGAAAUGACCUUUUAAAAAGUAAAGCUGUCCAUUUCUACCUAGUCCUAAAGACACUGUUGCAGUGUGUUGAAUGGUGGAAAUUUGUUUUCUUUCCCCUCAGUUCAUGGUGAUGUAAUUAUCUGUUAAAUGUUUAGUUGUUGUGGGAGUGAUUGUUAAAGAAAGUAAGCAGUUUGUUUCCCUUGCAGCAGAUAAUUGUUAAAGGGAGAUAAAAACAGUUGCAAGGGGAUCAAAUAUGAUUUUGGCCAUGCAAAUAAAUACCUUUUUGACUCAUUCUUUCACUGUACUUGUGAAUGACUUAUUCUAUUUGCAGAGCUUGCAAUUCUUAUAAUUUUAAAUUAAUAGUGCUGUUAAAUUUUUAUAUGGAAUCAAUAAAUCUCUUGGUUUUGAUUUUAGUCCUGCGAAAUGAAAAUGUAAAUUGCAAAAUUGGUUAGUGCUAAGGGUUUUUAAGGCAAUAGUGGUUGAUGAUAUGGCUUGGAUAUGGCCUAUAUGCCAAAACACAACUUCCCCCUUCCCUUGAUUUGACUGUCAUUAUAGAACACUUGUUUCAGGAGAGUAAAAUUGUUGUUGCUUGGGUCCCACCAGAGACCUUGAAUGGCUCAGGUUGUUAUGCACCUCAGAAUUGCUGUUCUACGUUAAGUCUUUGGGGUGGGAUUUAGUUCACAGGGUCCAGCUUGUUUAGAAACCAUGCUCUUUAAAAAGUGUAUUUUUAUUGAUGCUGCACAAAAUCUCAAUUUACAACAGUUUCUCUAUAGCUGUUUUUUUAAAAGAUCUUCCUAUGCAUUAGAGAUGCUACUCUUAACCAGAUAUUGAGCUCUUCAUAGAAGCUACUGAAGCCAAUAAAGAACUUUUGAAGUUUCAUGUGCUAGGAAAUUUGUUGCAGAAUCUGUGUAAUUUAAUUUGGAUUUGCUUCUUAUUCCCAGUUCACAUAUGAAAAAUGUAUUAUUUUGCUGAAGAUAGUUGUCUUUUUUUCUAAUACAAAUACUGUACACUAACUUGGAGCGAGUCAAACAUCUAAAUGUUUAAUUUAUGCUCAGUGUGUAGUCAGUUGCUGCUUUUUAAAAAAGAACUGCGGUGAUAAAUGUUUUCUUUUGGGGAUUCAGAUUUUCUGUUCUGUUAUCCCCUUUGGAUUUUGUCUCCUCCCUCAACUGUCAUCAUGUAUUCAAAUGGGUUUUUAUUUGCAUGGCUCUGACACAUCUCCUGAAAGCAGUUAAGAAUUAAGCAUGUGCUGUCUAAUAACUAGCAUUCCAGAUCAUCACAGACUGUUGCCUGUUGUUCCAAUUUUUGAUCUGCACUGAAAGAAUGCAUAUGUUUGUUAUUUUUUGUAAAUGACUUACACAUGUAAAGUCACCAAAUAAAUAUUACAUUCAAAUCUCUCUUAUACAUA